AUGUAUGAUAAGUCUCGCGUGCCUUCAUACAAUAAUGUGCCAUCUCAUCCGUACCGUGUACAAUACAGUCAUUGGUCACCGGACACACCAACUAUCCAGACAGCCAUUACUCCUACAUUAUUGCAAACUACGGGAACACUCUCUUCUACUUCCUAUUUCUCUCAACCACAACGAGCCAAACAAGUAACCACACCGAACUAUGUUAAUUAUACUCCACCUUCACCACUGCUACCAUUAAAGCUACCGUUAUCAUCAUCAUCACCAUCACCAUCAUCAUCAUCAUCAUCAUCACGUUUACAUCAUUUUCAACGUCCUAAAUCAUCAAUCGUUUGGAAUGUUGAAUCAAUAAAUCAAGCAGUACUUAAUGGAAAUAGUCUCCGACAACGUUCUGAAUCAAAAGCUAUAAUUGGUAUUGUUAAACCUAUGGUUCAUCAACGUUCAUUCACUCAAUUAAACAAUACUAAUAAUGAAAGUAAAUUUCCGGAGUUAAUGACGGGUUCUUAUGGUCAGAUUUUAAAACGUUCAUUAUAUCCAUCAUCAUCAUCAAUAAUGUCACAUGCACCAUCUGAAACGUCUGCAGUCGUUUAUCGAUCUCGUCCUAUUUCAUCAUAUAACAAUUUAAAUAGUCAUCCACCUAUGGUUCCCCGACGACACUCAUCAAUCAAUAAUAGUAAAUCUUUUUCUUCUCAUCGUUCAUCAAGAACAACAUCAAGAACCUCAUCUAUUCUUGGUUUUAAUGAGUUCUUAGCAACACCACCAUCAUCGAAUGAAACUGAACAACAACAACAACAACAGCACGAGCAAGAACAACAAGAAAAUGAGGAUAGAAUUACUAUUGAUGUUAAGCGUCUUGAAAUGUUUUAUGGAAGCGUUGGUACAAUAAUUAAAUCAGCUUGUUCAAUAGCUCGUCUGUAUACGGCUACCACACGACAAUUAGUCAAUUUUAAAAAUUGGUCAUAUCAACAACGUGGUGUACCUGUUUGGAUAUAUAAUACGGGAGCUAAUUUAAAACGAGCACAACAAGUUCGAUUAUUAUUAGCUCAACAUGAAAGUUGUUUUGGCAUCUGGUCAAGUUUAGUUUCAGAUAAAGCUGAAUUACAUUUACUAAAAGAUAAUUACAUGACAUGUUGGUUGCCAGAAUCUAAUUUAUUUGUUGUAUUUCUAUUCGAAUGUAAUGAUGCAUGUCGAUUAUUUUUUCGAUAUUAUUAUGAAAUAUUAGAACAUGAAAGACGUAUGAAUUUAGCAAAUCAAUCGUCAUUAAUACCCGAAAUAAUGAUACAACAACAGACAACGAAAACGAGCAGUAAUAAUAAAGAAGUUCCACGCCGUUAUUCACGAUUACGAACAAUAUCAAAUAAACAUGAUCAAGAAAAAGAGCAACAAGAAUCUAAUACGCGUCGUUGUCGUAGCUUAUCAAGAAUUCGAACAGUUAAAAAGUCAGCUAUAUCAGGACCGAUUAAUUUUGAACAUGUAAAUCAUAUAAGUAGUGGUUGUAAUCAAGAGCGUCCAUUAUCAAACACAGUGACUUUGCGUUCUUUACAUGCAUCAAUGUCACAUUUACCGACUAAUGGCACAUUAAUUGAUCGAUAUUCUAAGCAAACUAAAAACCGCGCUUCUACUUUAUUUGAACCACGAACAACAGCAGUCUAA